UAACGCGAAGCAUCUCGAAAAAAAAUAUCCUCUUCAGUUUAAUUUCUUUUUUCAAUUUGAUUAAUUCUCUCAAAAAGUUCAGAGUUACUGAUUAAUUUUGUUUUAUUUGUAAAAAUGGUUAUCGAUAUUAAAAUGUGUCGUUUUGAUAAUGUCCCUUGGGGCUUUCGAUUAGUCGGUGGAGCUGACUUCGAUAUACCUUUAACGGUCGUCAAGGUAACUGAGGGCAGUUUAGCUGAGGAAGCCGGCCUCAAACUUGAUGACGUUAUUGUACGGAUUAACGAUGAAGCUACAAGUCCCAUGACUCACGAUGAAGCUCAUAGGGUUAUUUCCGGUUGUGGAAACGUUUUUUUCUUAGGAAUUCAAAGGGCAGAAGAAGACACGGAAGAUCAAAAAUUCUUUCCCAUAAUCGCUGCCAAUCCCGAACCCAUACGCUCUCCAACUCCAAGUUCUAUCCACAGUAAAGAACUAUCUCGUAGUCCGCUACCCAUGAUUGAAGAUCGAAAAACUGUUAGUCCAAUGAUUGAAGAACCUGUUAACCAAGUUGAAGAUGAAGAAAUCGCUAGUUUGCUGUCCGCCGAAGCAGAGGUUUUGGAUGAACAUAAUGUUGUCGGUGUUAAUGUCAAUAGAGUAUUCCCGAAGCCAGGGGUUUGUAAGAGCAGUGAGGUUCUUCGUGAACUUAAUGCAGAAGCUAUUAAGACCAAACAAGAGAAAGACUUGGAUAAAAAGAAAUGGACAACUUUUAUGCAAAAACCCAAUAGACCAAUACCCAAGAGCAAGGCACAACUGGAAGCAGAAGCUCGAGCCGCAAAUGCUUACAAAGUGAAGAUCGUUAAGAAUUAUAAGAAACCUGAGCCAGUGGUGCGUCCACCUACCCCAAUUCCCGAAUUGCAACCGGAGGUAAUCGAACCACCAAAAGUUGAAACUCCUCCUCCAGAAAUUGAAGAAGAGCCCCCUACUGACACCGAAGUGCCGAAUUUGGAGCCAACUGAAGAAGCAAUUGCUUCGGAAGAGCAAAAAGCUGAACAAAUUGAAACUGACGAGGCUAAGCAAAAGGUUGAAGAAGUUGAAAGUAUCAGGGGUGAGUCCGUUGCCAAAGAGGAGCGUGUUAUUGAAUCAGUCGAUCGUGAAGGAAAACUUCCUUCAGAAAGUGGUUCGCUUAGAGAAAAAACCGAGGAAGAAUUACAACUUGAGCAGCAACUUGCUCACGUUCAACAACAACUUCUUGCUCUGGCCAAUCUUCCUUCGACUAUUCAGAGUACACUUGAUGCAGUAACCAAACAAUUGAGUGAACUUUUGCCAACUUUCAAACUACAAGCCAAAAUUGAAAAGGAAGCCACUCCAGAAAUUAAGGAAGAAACUAAACAGGAAGAAGUAAAAAAAGAGGCAACCAUUGGCGAAUCAAAUGAAGAAACAGUUGUUGACAAGGAAAUAGUUGAAGUUAAUGAGAAUUCUGUUGAGACCAUUGAAACUGAAGUAAUCCAAUCUUAUCACGAAGAGUCAUCUGUUAAAAUUGAAACCGAAACAAAGCAAGAAGUCACAAUUCAAGAAUUCGAAACCAGUCACAGAAAUAUUGAAGAGGAACAAAUGGAGGAGGAACAGAAUUUGAAGAGGAAGAAAGAAAAUGGUGUUAUUGAAGAGCUUCAAAAACAAAUGCAACAGAAGGAAACUCAAAAACGUAAAAAGUCCAAACGCAUGUUCGGUCCAUUGGUACCUCAAGAGAGACCAUUAGUUUUGCCAGGUGGCAGACGAUGGUAUCGUCCUAAGGAUGCUUAUAAUGAUGAAUUUAUUGCAGAGACCUUAACUGCCCAGGCAGAACUUAUUGCUGGCACGGCUGUUGGAGUUAACUUUAUGAAAUACCAAAAACCAGAAAAGAAAGUCGAUUUGGAUAAGAGCGAAGUUUACAAAAUUCUCCAUCACUUGGAUAAGUCACCAAUAAGAGGAAUUGAAGUUCGUCCACCUGUUGUUGUUGCUGAAGCAGACAUUAGGAGAGUAGUUGAAUCAUAAGACUUACGCAAAAAUUAAACUAUUUGUAACUUUUUGAAAAAAAAAAAUAACGGGUGUAAUGUUAACUGAACGAUCUAAAUAAAUAUUUGAAGUGAAAAGCUUCUGAAAGGG